CAGCCCAGCCCCCCCUUCCUCUUACGCCAGCGGAAACGCUCUCUUCCGAUUUCUCCUCCAAGAACAAAAUCCAAAAAACAAAAUAAAACCCGCUCCAAAAUCUUUCCAAUCCUUCCUCUCUAUCUCUCUCCUCCUUCGAAUCCCAAGGAGGCGGCGGCCAGAGAGGAGAGAGAGAGAGAGAGAGAGAGUAGGACUAGAGAGCCGUUGCUCUGGUUGUGGUAUUAUUAACGCCGCCGCCGCCCCUCCCCCCGCAUUCGUAUGGUCCGCGUCGCUCCGGGGCUCCUGCGACCGAAAGGCAUCGCCGCGGCGUCUCGGCUGGAUCGACAGGCCGGCCGAUCCGUCUCCUCCUCCUCCUCCUCCUCCUCCUUCUCCUGCGGGUCGGCUUCGGGACGAUGGCGGCGAGGGCGGCUGAUGAGAACAGGAGGCCGGCGGCGGGGGGAAAGCCCGCGCCAGGCGUCCGAGAGAUGGGGAGCCGGCGCGCGCUCACGGAGAUCAAGAACCUCGUCGGGGUUGCCCCGUACCCCUGCGCCGUCGCCAAGAAGCCCACGCUGCAGAAGAGCAGAAGGGACGAAAAGAAGACAACGUUGCUGCCAAGCAGCCGGCCCAUGACAAGGAAAUUCGCCGCCUCCUUGGCGAGCAAAGGGCAACCUGAAUGUCAGCCGAUCCUAACUGAAUGUCAGCCGAUCCUAACUGAUCCAGAACCCGGAGUUGAUCAACAGAAGGAAUCAAUCGGUGAUGGCACCGUUGAUAUCGACGUGGAAAUCCACGAGCUGGUCGACGAUAGUGAUAGUGACAUCGACAUGGGAGAGACAGAGAACAAGGAGAUGAACCAAGAUGAACCGCUCAUGGAUAUUGACAGAGCAGACUCGGGGAACCCGCUUGCAGCAACAGAAUAUGUUGAAGAGCUUUACAAGUUCUACAGAGAAAAUGAGGCUAAGAGUUGUGUAAGGCCUGAUUACAUGUCCAGUCAACAAGAUAUAAACUCAAAGAUGAGAGCAAUUCUGAUUGACUGGCUGAUUGAGGUUCACUACAAGUUUGACCUGAUGGAUGAGACGCUCUUUCUUACGGUAAACAUAAUAGAUAGAUUCUUGGAUAAGGAAGUGGUUCCAAGGAAGAAGCUACAACUGGUUGGAGUCACAGCUAUGCUUCUUGCUUGCAAAUAUGAGGAGGUCUCAGUUCCAGUUGUUGAGGACCUUGUGCUCAUUUCUGACCGUGCCUACACAAAAGGGCAAAUUCUAGAAAUGGAAAAGUUGAUUCUGAACACGCUGCAAUUCAACAUGUCUGUUCCAACACCUUAUGUCUUCAUGAAGAGGUUUCUUAAAGCUGCAGAUGCAGAUAAACAGCUUGAGCUAGUGUCAUUUUUCAUGCUGGAGCUCUGCUUGGUAGAAUAUCAAAUGCUGAAUUAUCAGCCUUCACAUCUGGCUGCUGCUGCGGUUUAUACUGCACAAUGCGCUAUCAAUCGAUGCCCGCACUGGACAAAGGUUUGCGAGUCACAUAGCAGAUACACUAGCGACCAACUCCUGGAGUGCUCGAGGAUGAUGGUAGACUUUCACCAGAAGGCUGGAACCGGCAAGCUCACUGGCGUGCACAGGAAAUACAGUACCUACAAGUUCGGGUGCGCGGCCAAGACCUUGCCUGCGCAGUUCCUGCUGGAGUCAGGAGGGACACCGCCUCCUUCAGGUGCAAUCUAGUUGAAUCGCCCUAUUCAACUAGGUGGAUUUUUAAAGUUUUUAGCAUACUCCGUGAACAAGAUGCAGAAAACAUCGUGUUGAUGUUGCCCAAAAGUGCAUCGAAUUUCCUUGGAGAGUUAUGAUUAACUGUUUUUUUUAUCUAUGUCCUGAAUGAGGAGUGACGGUCGGUCAGGUCGUGCAGUUAUACUGCGGCUAAUAACGAACUGUCCUGUUCAGGAAUGCUGUUGGAACCUUGUAAAGAAAACAAUUUCUGAAUCAAAUGGAUCAAUAGCUUUUGUCCAAAA